AUGCCAUUCUAUUACAAAGUCAGUAACGCUAAUCAAUACAUCGUCAAGACCGGCGUGGGUAUCACCGAUAUCGAACUCGUCAAGAAAGGAUGGGUCUUUCCAGGUCAACAUGCCACCGUAUUCGAUGUCACCCCUCAGAACUUCUCCCUCUCGAUCCAUGCCAUGACCAUCGAAAAACUCGAGUUCCUUUUGCCCGCAGUUUUCACGAUUGGUCCCAAGCUUGAUAUCCCCAGUCUUGAAAAGUAUGCCCGCCUUCUGGCCGGUAACGCACUUACUUCGACAGCCAUAACCGAUCUCGUCCGGGGUGUUAUUGAGGGCGAGACCCGAGUGAUCGCAGCCGGUAUGACGAUUGAGGAAAUAUUCAGAGAGAGACGUACAUUCAAGGACAUGGUUGUUAAGAACGUUCAAAGCGAAUUAGAUCAUUUCGGUGUAUUCAUCUACAAUGCAAAUAUCAAGAGUCUCCAGGACACUCCCGGAAGUGAAUACUUUUCUUACCUAAGACAAAAGACACAAGAAGGUGCCGUCAAUCAAGCCAAAGUUGAUGUUGCUGAGGCACGUUUCCGUGGUGAUGUUGGUGCCAAAGAAAAGGAAGGUUUGACUCGUCAGAAUACCCAGCGUAUUGAGGCAGACACGGUUGUGUAUGAGAACGAGCGAAAGGCAGAUAUUCUCAAAGCUCAAGCUAUUCUCAAAGAGAAGGCAGCAGAAUAUGAUCGUGGUGUACAGUUGGCUCAGAUCGAGGCCCAGCAACACACUGCUUCUCGUGAGCAAGAACUCAAGAGAAUGGUUGAAGAAAAGAGAUCUUUGGCAGAAACUGAACGUCUACGUGCCACUGUGGUCGCAAAGGCCAAAGCAGAGUAUGAAAUCUCUGUUCAGAAAUCCAAUGCAGAACAAUACAAUAAGGAACGUGCUGCUGAAGCCGAACUCUUCAAACAACAAAAAGAGGCCGAGGGUAUCAAGGUUUAUGCGGAAGCCAAGCUUUACAAGGCCAACCGUGAAGCCGAGGGUGUGAUUAAUAUGUUAAAUGCCCAGGCUACAGGUUUGGCAGGCAUUGUCAAGGCAUUCAAUGGCGACAAUGGAGCUGCUCUUCAGUACCUCAUGCUCGAGAAGAACACCUUCCAAGAUCUUGCGAAGACCAAUGCUGAUGCCAUCCGGGGACUUAAUCCCAAGAUCAGUGUCUGGAAUACCGGGGACUCUAGUAAAGGACAACAGAACCCUUUGGCCGAUAUCUACAAGAACCUUGCGCCUACACUUCUUGCAGUCCAGGAGCAGACUGGCAUUAGUCCCAAGUGGGGUGUUAACAUGCCACAACCUCCUUCUGGCCCAUCUACCUAAAUGCUUGUAAAACCUGGGCGAUUAAACCUUUUACUUUAUUUUUAUUCUUAACCUUUUCACAUUCAUUUUCUCUUUUUAUUAUAUCCACACCCCUUCCUUCUUUCCUUUGCCAACGGCUUUCAUUGUAUCAGUAUAUUUAUUCUUAAGCUAGCCACCUAUAUCACGGCAAUUCUGUAUAUCUUAUGUACUCUAUAUCCAAUAUCUGUAAUUCAAUAAUUCAAUAAUUCAAUAAUUCUAUAUUCACAAUAAACUAUAAACUAUAAAUAU